UCAGAAACGAAACUGAACGGAUUAUUUUACGGAUCAAGAAGACUACGUUAAAAGAAAGUCUCUCGUCUGUACAGAGGAACACAGAAGCAGGACUGCAUCUCAACAUACUGCAAUCUAUUAAUCUAUUCAAAUGGCGGAGAAAAUCGCUCUUGUUGAAAGUUAUCUGAGCUGCCAUGUGUGUUCAGAGACUUUCAGAGAUCCUGUGUCUCUGAGCUGCAACCACAGCUUCUGUUCAAGCUGCCUGCAGAAAUUCUGGGAACAAACUGAAAACAAGAACUGUCCCAUCUGUAAGAGAUCUUCUAAGGAUGAUCCAUCCAUCAACUUCUCUCUCAAAGAACUUGCUGAUUCAUUUGCUGAGAAGCAGAAUGAAGUUUCAACUGAGAUGGAAAAAGAGGAUAAGAAACAGAAGGAAGUGGUGUGUGAGAAACACUCAGAGGUUCCUUAUUGGUUCUGUGAAGACGAGCAGAGAGCUGUGUGUCCUGUCUGUGAGUUUUCUAUCCACCAGAAUCACAAAGUGGUUCCUAUAGAACAAGCAGUCAGUGAGCUGAAGGAGCAGCUGAAAUCUGACUUAAAGUCUCUGCAGGACAAGAGGAACAAACACAAACAGGUGGAGGAAACAUACAAUGAUGUGAUUCAACACUCCAAGAAGCAGGUGUUGUCCACAGAGAGACAGAUCAGAGCAGAGUUCAACAAGCUCCACCAGUUCCUGAAAGAGGAAGAGGAGUCCAGACUGGCAGCUCUGAGGGAGGAAGAGGAGCAGAAGGGGAAGACUAUCAUCAGAGAGAUGAAGAGGAUUCAGGAGCAGAUCUCCUCUCUGUCAGACAGUAUCUUUGCUGUUGAAGAAGACCUGCAGAAAGACAACGUGUCGUUCCUCAGCAGUUAUAAAGCCACUCAGAGCAGAACCAGAGCCCAGAACUCACUGUCAGAUCCACAGCUGGUCUCAGGAGCUCUGAUAGAUGUGGCCAAACACCUGGGCAACCUGUCCUUCAGAGUCUGGGAGAAGAUGAAGGAGAAGGUCCACUUCAGUCCUAUCAUUCUGGACCCAAACACUGCGAGUGGAUGGCUCCAUCUGUCUGAUGAUCUGACCAGUGUGAGACACAGAGACACGUGGCAGCAGCUUCCUGAUAAUCCAGAGAGAAACAAGUAUAUUGAAGUGUUUGGUUCCAAGGGUUUCAUCUCAGGGAAACACAGCUGGGACGUGAACGUGGGCGACCAUUCUGACUGGUAUUUGGGUUUGGUUAAAGAGUCAGUAGACCGAAAUGGAGAAAGAGAUGUGUCACCACACUUUGGGAUCUGGUGUUUGUGUUAUGAAGAUGGAGAAUACACCGAUGGUGAUAAUAGGUCCAUCUCAGCGAAGAAGAGUCUCCAGAAGAUCCAGGUCCAGCUGGACUACAACAAGGGGGAGGUGUCCUUUUAUAACGCUGAAGACAUGACUCACAUCUACACUUACAGAGACACUUUCACUGAGAAACUCUUCCCAUAUUUCAGUGUUGGAGAAGCUGCUGAAGACAACAUGACAGAGAUCAAAAUAUGUGAAUCUUAAUGUGGGUGAGCUUGAAAUGACUUGUUUUUUAUGUCUGAUUUUUCUUUUUAUGUUAUUUUACAUCGUGCAGUUUUAUUUCAACAGGUAUUAAAAUAAUAUUCUAGUUCACUCUGUAAAUGAGAAAAAAGCUGAAGUCUGGGUAAAAAAAACAAAACAUUAUUUUAAUUGUUUAACUAUUUGAUAGAAUCAAAGAAAUAUUCAUAUUGACGGUAUGGAUCCUAAAAGCUGCUGAAGCAUAAAUGUAGUUAUGCUUUAUUGAUAAAAACUGCUCUCAUUUCUUUUAAUUUGAAGAUAUAUUAACCAAAUGUUUUUCAAGAUGCAUUGAUCAAACUUUGGUUAACAAUACUUUCUGUUUUCUUUAAGGUCCCACCUUACUUAAAGGGCUUUGAAUGGUCAAGAACCACCAUACCUCUCAGAACUGUUGUAUGUCCUUUAGGUCAUGUGACCAAGGCCUGGUGGUUGUGCAUCAUACGAGGUUAAAAUCUAGAGGUGACAGGGCCUUCUCCUCCCCAGACUCUAUUAAGGUCUUUAAAAAGCAACUACAAACACCCUUUUACAAAUGCUUUUGAUUAGCUAUUGUCUUUAGUUUUCUCCUGUACAGCACUUUGUUAUAUAUAUAUAUAUAUAUAUAUAUAUAUAUAUAUAUAUAUAUAUAGUCCUCAGGUCAGUUUAAGUCCAAACUGAAAAUGUAUCUCUUCUCCUUGACCUUUAACAUUAGCUGAAAUAAGAUAAGAAAGAUGUAUUUUAUUGAUCCCAGAUUUCAGAAAUUUUAUUGAAAUGGAGUAUACCUUGGUCUGUUACUUUUAUUGUUACCUUUAUCGCAAAUGUUAUUAAUUUCAUUGUAUUCCCCAUUUCCUUUUAUACCUAUUUCUAUUUGUGAUGCAGUAACUAUUGUGCAGCUGAGGUUGUUUAAAAUGUGCUAUAUACAUUUUUUAUAUAUAUAUAAAUAAGGUUUUAAUUACUUACUUUUACUUACCUGCUGAGUCCAGUCUUGGCCAAUUCUGAUUUUCUUCCU